UAAAUGUAAUUUGAAUCUUAAAUCUAAUUACUCAGCUGUCAAACUACCAAAACAAUUGCAGAAUAUUAAGAAUUAAUUUAAUUUAUUUAUUUAAUUAAUUGAUAAAUUAUUUUUUUUUUAAUUAUCAACAAUGGAGUUAAUAAAUGUAUUAAAUUUAGAAGAUCUUGAUGAAAUUUCUAUGAGUUAUGAUAAAUUCUGUCAACAGAAUAUGCAGACAAUGAAAUUUCAAGAUUUGAAUCACGAGUUGCGUGAAAAAAUUUGGAAUGGUUUAUUUACACAGCUGUCAAGUGAUAAAUAUUUAAAAAUUCAUGAUAAAUGUUUACAAGUACUUAGAAUAUUGAGUCGUGAUAAAAAAGAUCUCGACGUAAUAAUAAGUGAUGAAAGAUUGAAUAUCAUAAUUGAAAAAGCAGAUCUAGCUGAGGCAGUUCCUCCUCCGUAUACAAAUGUAACAGUGGAAGCAUUGAAAUUACUCUGUAAUUUAAUUUAUAACUCUCCCGGUGUUCAAAUUCAAAUUACCAAAACCAAGUGUUUAAAAAAUCUAGUCACAAGAAUAAGUUACUACAAUGAGACCGUAUCAAACAGUAUCAUGUUAUUCGACAUGAGAAUUUUAUUUUUAAUUACUGCUUUAAAUAUUCCAUCGAGAUAUAUUUGCAAAAAUGACUGCAAUGGAGACAAAAUACUGAUCGAUUGUUUAAAUAAUUUAUUUGACAGAUUAAAAGAUUCAAAGGAAUUAGUAGAAAUUAUUUGCGAAUUAUUCAAGGCACUUUUUAAUUUGAAUAUUGACGCUGACGACUCAACAGAGGAUCAGAAAAAAAUAAACCGACAAUUAGUUAGCACUUUAUACAAAUUUUUAACUGCAGAUCACGUGCAAGCGCUUGAUAGUGAAGAAUUAAAAAGUCAUAUUAUUAAUUUACUGACUGUGGUACCAAUUAGUUGCUACGAUUCUUUAGUACCUGAAGUGAGUAGUGACGAGCAGAAGAAGAGCAAAGAAAUUUAUCAAGGUCUCGAUAUGUCAGCAGUCUGGGAAUUGCUUAAAUUUCUAGACAAACGUUUGGAUUCUCCUAAGAAUCUCGUCGAAAAUACGUCCCCGGCAGUAACAACUUUAUUGAAACUUGCGAGUAGUAACAGCAGGAUACGUAAAUACACAAGACAAAAAGUAUUACCGCCGUUGGAAGACGUCAUGACACGUCCUGAGGAAGGGACAACUUUGAAAGCUAAACUCUGCAAGCUUUUAACAUUUCCAAUUAUGGAAUUACGCGACAUUGUUGCGGAGUUUCUGUUUGUUCUCUGCAAACACAAUGUUGGUCGCAUGAUCAAAUACACGGGCUAUGGUAAUGCAGCGGGAAUGUUUGCUAAUAAAGGUCUUCUAGGCGGCGGACAACCUGACACAGAUUUCUCAUCAGAGUCUGAAGAAAGUGACACAGAGGAAUAUGUAAAGUACAGAGAAAGUAUUAAUCCAAUAACUGGAUGCUACGAAGAACCAAAGCCUAAUCCUCUAGAAGGGAUGACUGAAGAACAAAAAGAAUACGAGGCAAUGAAACUUGUUAAUCUCAUGGAUCAAUUAACCGGGGAUGGAAUACUAAAGCCAUGUACAAUCGGUGCAGACGGAAAACCCAAACCAAUAGAACACGUCCUCGAAUUACAAAAGGGACUUGAUCAUAAAUUUAAAAAAAAUAACAGCGAUUCGGAAUAAUCUUUAUUACAAUUCUUUACAUUACUAAUUAAUAGUAUAUUACACACCGAGGGAAGUAAAGUAAGAAAUGUCUCAGAUCACAUGUAAUUGUUGGCCGAGGCGAAGCCGAGGUCAACAAACAUGUGAUCUGAGGCUUUCUUAUUUACUUCCCGAGGAGUGUAUACUAUUUUUCUCCUCGACGGAGGCGGGAAGCGGCAACUUCGUUUUGCACAGCGGGACGAAAGUUGACGCUUUCCGCCCGGAGGUGAGAAAAAUUAUAUUUAAAAAAUGUUUUAUAAAAUAAUAAUAAUAAUAAUAAAAAGUAUAAUUGAAUGAUUAAAUUUACUUUAUUUAAAAAGAACAAAGAACAACUUUAUAAACAAACAAUUGGCAGGAAAUAAAAAGUAUAACACUUUCCAAAAUCACAUUAAAUGUUUUACAAUUUUGGGUAAUUGUGUUAUGUGCUUUGUGAGCAUCACAAUGUAUAUAAAUAUAUACACAUAUAUAAUAAUUUUAUAUAUGUGUAUAUAUAUUAUAUGUAUAUAAUAUAAUAUAUUUAUUGCAUUGCAGCCUAUGCGCACACAAGAGUGUUAUAUUCCUAUCAUUUUUUUGUCCAUUUUAUUAUAUUUUUAUAUUUUUUUUUACUUUUUUUUAAAACUGAUAUUAUUUUAAUUGAGAAUAUCUUAGUAUAGGAUAGGGUGAAAUUGACGAAAUUGCCGGCAAAAAUUCCGUUUGAUAUGGUCAAACAAUGUAUAAUAGGGUGGUCGUUAAUAAUUAAAUUUUCUCAGGCGCCUCAUAAAAAGCUUCUGUUUAGUAGAAAAAUACAUGGGGAAUUUGGAUUUUUUUUUUUUUUGAGUAAAAA